AUGCAGACAACCAAACUUGUGCCGCAAGUAUCAUCAAAGAACGCUCCAUCGAAAACACUGGACGUCCAAUUCUACCUCGACUAUUUCCGCAAUCACAUCACCAUCCACCAUUACUCGCUAAAGCGCGACACGCACAACUUCUUGAAAGGCGACUUUCUCACACAAGCGAUGAAAUUCGAGCCGUUGAAAUACGCCGUAGCUGGUUACGCUGCCUAUUUCCACACGCUGUCCCAGCCAGACGGACGCAUGUCGACAUUCCUCCACUUCUACAACGAAUCGGUCUCGAGGCUGAGAUCUACCAUCACAAAGAACAAAAAACAAGGCCUUGCAACCUUCUUGACUAUUUUGCAGCUAGCAAGCAUCGAGGAGAUGCUCGGAGACUGGGUCAAUCUUAUGGGUCAUCAGAAAGCUGCGUUCGACAUGCUCACCCGACUGUACACUCCGGAAAGCAUCACCCAGUCCGACUUCCUGCUCAAGGUCAGCCUGUGGUACAUCAGAUUUGACCUCUUUGUCGGCUUUCAAUCUGGAGGCGAAGCUGUACUCGGCAAGGAAUGGUACGAAGCAGUGCACAAAUGCUACGUGCAAAAAGUUCGCGAUAAUCCUGAUGACGUCGGAUUCAAAUACGAGGAACGCUUUGCAUUCUCACGGCUGGUAGCCAAGGAAUCCAAUGAUCUCUUUGCACGGACACAGAAGGGAUUAAUCAGCCCACAAGACUUCAUGGCGCAACUGCCGACAAUGCGGAAGAAAGUGGAAGGCCUUUGGCCCAACCUCCCCCCAGAGCUUCUUGAUCCAGAAUAUAAAGUCAACGACAUGCCAGGGGAACCCAACCCUGAGGACAUUGUCAAUCCCUAUGAACCAGGCAUCAUGUGGAAGGACCACUUGUACUACUCAAAUCUCAUGAAGCUGGAUAUAAGUGGCAUCGUGUUCAUGUUCGCCAUUUCAGAGGCCAUGGCUUUACGAAAGCCGUUCAGUCCGGAGACAACAAAGGAGGCGUUCGAGGCAGCGCAGAUGUUCGAAGCAGUUUGUUUAUAUCCUGGAUCACCAAAGGGAAUAUUGCUUGAGGCACAAGUGAGCUUUGCUAUUGCGUUUCUAUUCUUACCCAAAGAUCAGAAGACGAAUGACUGGUGUAAGCGGACUUUUGCGAAAAUCGAGGCAUCUGGGUAUAUAUACUCCGACGUCCUCCGCAACCGCAUGCUCGAAUCUAUGGGAGCCGGCCCGUCCGAUUGGUGGUUCCCCAACGACGAAGGCUGCCCACCCAUCAUCCGCUCCAUCAAGGACUUCAUCAAAGACAGAACAUCAAUGCCCAAGGACCCAGUGUCGGAUGACCUACGAGAAAUGAGGGGCAUAUUCAACUCCCUGACGAUUUCCGACUCGCCUUCCUCGGACACAAUGACGCUGACCAGCAACGACGGUGGCCUGGCCGCCAUGGCAGGCGGGUCGCCAGAUUGGUCGUCGAGCUACAGCGGCGAUCGCAAGUCGUCGAGCGCAACGACGCAUGGAUCGCAGUACUCUGGCCAAUAG